UUCUUCAGCAGCCGACAGACUGAAGGUGUGGCCGAAGAAACCAGAACACCUGCACUCUCACCUCCACCUGCCGCCCAACACAAGGCAGACUUACACACAGACCAGCUGACAUGGAUAAAAUUGCAGGAUACAUUGGUGAAAAAAUAGGUGAUGCUGUGGAGGAUGCAGUGAAGAGCGCUCUGGGCGUUGGUGACAAAGACAAAGACAAAGAUGACAAGAAAGGAGGAGGAGGAGGGAUCCUGUCAUUAUUUGGAGGAAACAAGAGGGAUGAUGACGACGACGACAAGGAAGGACCCUUCUCAUUUGGAAAUGACAAGAAAAAAGACAAAGACAGCGGAGGAUUCUUUUCCAGCCUGUUGAAGAAAGAUGACGACGACGAUGAUGAUGAAGGGAAACCAAAGAAGUCCGGCUUCGCAGGUCUCUUCUCUGAACAGGAAGGAGGGAGCGCUGUUGGAGGGGGUGGGCCCCAGAGAGACGAUAGUGGAGCAGGGGGUGGGAAAGCAGUUGGAGUUAACGACGGAGAUCUGCUUGAUGAUCUGAUGGCAGUAGCUGAUGAAACCUCCUCUGACAAGUGAUACAACACAAACAAGGACCUUCACCUCUGACAGAAACUGACUCUGCUACAACUCCCCUCAGCUCCACCUUUCAUCUGAUGUCUGUUUUCCAACAAACCAGACCAGCCUGUCUUUUCUUUUUUCCAUGUUCAUAGAUUCAGUGUUUGAUCUUAUAAAUGCCUGUUGCCAAAGCUCCACAAAUACAGUUGUGCUCAUGAGUUUACAUACCCUGACUGAAUGUGCAUGGGACGGUCUGGAAUGUUCCAACAUGACAAUGACCCAAAACACAAGGCCAAGUCCACCUGUCAUUGGCCACAGCAGAAAAAAAGGGAAGGUGAAGGAGUGGCCAUCUCAGUCUCCUGACCUCCAUAUCAUUGAGCCAUUUUGAGAAGGUGCCAAACAUGCAGUUCAUGCAAGAAAACCCAAAAUCUGAAAAGAACUGAAGGAGUUUUGCCAAGAAGAAUGGGCAGCUUUAGCAUCUGAGAAAAUAAAGAGCCUCGUCCACAACGACAACAAAAGACCUCAAGCUGUCAUAAAUGUUAAAGGGGCCGAUACAGAGUAGGAAGAACUUUUGGGCAAGGUCAUUUAGAUAGUUUCUUUUGUUAGUAUGUUUUAAAAAGAGCAAACACAUUUGUUCGAUGAUGAACAGCUUCAUCCAACCACUAGCCACGUGUCAAAGAAAAGUUUUUUUUAUUAUGAUUCAUAUUCUCUGAAAAAUGGCCAAAGAAUCACAAAUUCUGCUAGGGUAAGGGGUAGGGUAGGGUAAACUUAGGAGCACAACUGUAGAUGUAAAAUGAAAAACUGAGAAAACACAUUAAAAUACUGUUCAAUAAAAAAAAUAAAUAAACCAGAAUAUUAUUUGCAGAUGAUGGCAUGUAUUAUUGAAACGACACACACAUUUUGCUUUUAAAAUAUCAGUCUUAGUGAGAAAUAGGACUUUGAUGAUAGUAGGAUAAUGAUAUUUUGGCAGCAAAUUUAGUCUUAAUACUUGUGUAAAUAUCUUCUAUGAUCACAUUUUUAUCCCAAAUACUGGGGUUCUUUCUAUAUUUUCAAUCUACAAAAAAAACAAAAAAACAAAACAAAAAAAAAACCCUGGGGAGGAAAUGCAGAAAUUUUGAAAAAGGGUCUCUGCAAUGAAGUGCAAAGAC